GGACCCUUUGCAUUGUACUGAGCCUUGGGUCCUCUUUUCAUUAAUGAACUAUUAUUUUUGCGAAAAAAAAAAAAAUUCGGAGCACUCCAACCAUCACCAAUCACUGUAAUCGUGACCAAUAGCCACCACGCGAUCAUCAUAAGUGUGGAAAACACUCGCCUAGCGGAAAGGAUUUUCUUUCCUCUGCAUCAGCGACUACCGUAUGACGACCCAAGAAUGUGAACCGCGAGCCUCCAACCCCUACACCAAUAACUUGCCCGUAAUCCCAACAAACCCUAAUUUCUGAUCACUCCCAAAUUCUCACCUUAUUUUUUAUUUUGAUUUUUUUCUUUUGUAACUGCUCUAAUUAUUCUCUUCCUCCAUAAUUGUCGCCUAAUCUUUUUAUCAAUUGACCUCUGUAUUCCGUGGUCUUUUUGGUUUAUCAAUUUCUUAGAUUUCUUACUCAUUCAGUGGAUCAAGAUUCGACUUUGGUCUUUUGAGGUUCUAACAACUGGAUGGUUUGAAGAAUUAUUGAAAGGUUGUAUAACUAUGGGCAGCAGUGACAUGGAUAAACCAGCAAAGGAGAAAGAGGCAAAGGCCCUGUCUGGUACCACUGCGCAGUCCUAUGUUCUUCAGGAGCAGCCUUCAACCACCAGCACUGGCCCUGUAAAUUCUGAAUGGACGGGAUUUCAGGCAUAUUCUCCUAUACCUCCACACGGGUUCUUGGCAUCAAGUCCCCAAGCUCACCCAUAUAUGUGGGGGGUUCAGCAUAUUAUGCCUCCUUAUGGCACCCCACCACAUCCAUAUGUUGCCAUGUAUCCCCAUGGUGGCUUAUAUGCUCAUCCGUCCAUUCCUCCGGGAUCUUAUCCUUUUAGUCCUUUUGCAAUGCCUUCGCCGAAUGGUAUCAAUGAGGCAUCUGGAUAUACACCUGGUAGCACAGAAGCAGAUGGAAAGCCAUCUGAUGUGAAGGAAAAAUUGCCAAUUAAAAGGUCCAAAGGGAGUUUGGGCAGUUUAAACAUGAUUACAGGGAAGAAUAAUGAGAUUGGCAAAACAUCAGGAGCAUCUGCUAAUGGAGCUUAUUCUAAAAGUGCUGAGAGUGCAAGUGAAGGCACAAGUGAAGGAAGCGAUGCAAAUUCACAGAACGACUCACAAAUGAAGUCAGGGGGAAGGCAAGAUUCUGCAGAAGCUGAUGCAUCUCAAAAUGGUGGUUCUGUGCAUGGUCCUCAGAAUGUAGGGCACAGUAUGCCUAAUACAAUCAUGAACCAGACUAUGUCCAUUGUGCCGAUACCAGCUACUGGUGCCCCAGGAGCUCUACCUGGUCCCACAACCAACUUAAAUAUUGGAAUGGACUACUGGGGAGCCCCAGCUUCAUCUGCUAUCCCUGCAAUCCAUGGGAAGGUUCCAAAUACUCCAGUAGCUGGAGGAAUUGUUUCUACUGGAUCUCGCGAUACUGUUCAAUCGCAGAUUUGGUUACAGGAUGAAAGAGAGCUGAAGAGACAGAGGAGAAAACAGUCAAACAGAGAAUCUGCUCGCCGUUCUCGGCUGCGUAAACAGGCUGAAUGUGAUGAGUUGGCCCAGCGUGCUGAAGCCCUAAAAGAAGAAAAUGCCAAUCUGAGAUCAGAAGUAAACCGGAUCAAGAGUGAUUAUGAGCAACUUCUUGCAGAAAAUGCAUCUCUCAAGGAGAAACUUGGGGAAUUUACUGGGCAUGAAGAAUUUAGAACUGUGAGGCAUGACCAACAUUUGAACAAUGAUGGACAAAAGACUGGACAAGCAGAGGUUGCACAGAGUGGUCACUAGGAUCAAAGCCACUUUUCAGCUUACCCUAACCAAUUAGCAUAGGAGUUAUUUUGCAUAGCUUGUAGUUUUUGAAAUUUAUGAAAGCUGAUCUUUUACAGUUGUAGGAUCUGUCCAUCUUCAUUAUCUUCCUAAAUUUCUUAUUGGGUCUGCCUGUAACAAUGAAGAACUUGGAAUGGGCAAUGGCAUGCAGAGUGAAAUUUGUGUCAUACCCUGUUUUAAGAGGGUUGUAUUUAUGCUCAAAAACUUUUGUUGACUUU